AUCUCUCUUGACAGCGGUUGGUGACAAGUGGCCUGAGGGACAGCAGAAUCACACAAACAGAGAUAUGAACAUGCACAGAAGCCACAUUUUGACAAGAUGGGAUGUGGUGAAUUACUGCGCUGUUGAAUGAAGGAAUGGUUUUAUCGUACCUCUAACACCUUCAUCUUCUGCUCGCUAACCAUGGGAACUGGAGAGGACAUGCAAGGAUGGACGGUAAGAAUGAGUGCAUCGAGUGUUUUGGCCAUGGCGACUGUCUUUUCCAUGAUUCCUGGCUGGGUGCUGAGUGAUAUGAGAGGUACCCCGGGUCUGGAAGCCCAACAACUGGCCCAGGGGUCCGCUCAUCUGCACCGUCGCCUGAAGAGAGGCUGGAUCUGGAAACAGCUGUUUGUCCCUGAGGAAGAUCCCACUCCUCGCGUUAUUGGCCAGCUGAAGUCUGACUAUGACCGUGGUGAAUUUUCCAUCAAGUACAUCUUAUCGGGGGAAGGCGCUGGAGAUGUGUUUGAGAUAGAUGAGUAUUCCGGCGAGAUCCGGACGCUGCAGAAGCUUGACCGCGAAGAAAAGGCCUACUACGUUCUCCAGGCCCAGGCUAUCAACAGGAGGUCCAAUGAACCGGUGGAGCCUCAGUCUGAGUUCAUCAUCAAGGUGCAGGACAUCAAUGACAACGUCCCACAGUUCCAGAACGAACCCUACGUGUCCAGCAUACCCGAAAUGUGUCCAACUGGGACCACGGUGACCCAGGUGACAGCCACAGAUGCUGACGAUCCCAUGUUCGGAAACAACGCCAAGCUCAUCUACUCCAUCCAACAGGGGGAGCCCUACUUCUCCGUGGAGGCGAAGACAGGCAUCAUUGUGACAUCCUGGCCCAAUAUGGACCGCGAGGCUCGAGAUCAGUACCUGGUGGUGGUGCAGGUGAAGGAUAUGCUGGGCCUCAGCGGCGGCUACACCUCCUCCACCACAGUCACCGUCAGCCUGACUGAUGUCAACGACAACGGGCCCACAUUCCAGCAUCACCUGUACACCUUUGCCGUCCCUGAAAAUGCAGCAGUGGGCACCAUGGUGGGCAGGAUCAUGGCAGAAGAUGGAGAUGUUGGUAUCAACGCCAGAAUGACCUACACGCUGGAGGAAGACCUGGAGGAGAGUGCCACAUUCACAAUUCAAACAGACCCCGUGACUCAGGAGGGGGUGAUUCUCCUGGCCAAGCCUCUGGACUAUGAGAGCAAGAGGCGAUUUGUUAUGGCGGCAGAGGCAGUCAACGACCACGUGGACACCCGUUUUCUGAGUUUUGACGAGUUCAGGGACAGGACCACACUCAAGAUUGUUGUUGAGGAUGUGGACGAGCCUCCUGUCUUCGUCGCCGCGGUCUACGAGUGGAAAGUUCCAGAGAACGCGGCGGUGGGAACGGUGGUUGGCAGCGUCAGCGCCAGAGACACUGACACAGUCAACAGCCCCAUCAGAUAUUCGAUUGACAAAAGCAGUGAUAUCACAAAAGCUUUCAAAAUAGACCUAAACAACGGAACCAUAACAGUUGCUAAACCUUUGGACCGGGAGACGUCAAACUGGCACAAUCUGACUGUUGCAGCCAAGGAAACAACACAGAACCAUUUAUCCUCCUCUGUGGCGGUGUUCAUCAAAGUGCUGGACAUAAACGACAAUGUGCCAAGGCUUGCAAGAGAUUACCAGCCAUAUAUCUGUGAGGGGACACAGGCGGGAGAACUUAUUCAGCUGCUCAGUGCUGUGGAUCCAGAUGACCCUGCCGAGGGACACCACUUUUACUUCUCUAUGGUCCCUGAGAAGCACAUCAAUCCAAACUUCACCAUCAGAGAUAAUCAAGAUAACACAGCUGGUAUUGUGGCACGCAGGAGUACCUUUACCCGCAAGGAUCGUACCCAGUACCUCCUGCCGGUGGUGGUGACAGACAGCGGGUCACCGGCCCUCUCCAGCACCAGCACUCUGACCAUCAGCGUAUGCAGCUGUCAUCCUGCUGGUCACUGCCCCACCGGUGGGGUGGAAGCCCUCGCCCUGUCGAUGGGAGUCAGCCUCCAAACCCUGCUAGGCAUACUGGUCUGUCUGGUCACACUCACAGUGCUGUCUAUUUUAAUGCUGAUGGUGAGGAGGCACACUCGGAAACAGCAGGAGGGGCUAGAGGAGGAGGUGAAGGAGCUGGAGUUGCCUGAGCGGGUGUCGCAGAAGGUUCUGCGUUAUGGAGAACCAGGGUCCGGAGGGGCUGACCUGGACUUCUGCCAGCCUGUGCCCAUGCGACCCCACCCUCGGAGGAGAGAAAGGAGACUCCGGAGGGAGGAUGUGGCCGCCAGUAUACGGAUGUCCCUCCGAGAGUCCCACCUUAUCGGCCCUGAGGACGAGGUCUUCCGACAGUUUAUCAUGGACAGGCUGGCGGAAGCCGACCAGGAUCCUUACGUCCCGCCAUUUGACUGCCUGAGAACCUAUGCUUAUGAGGGGUCAGGGUCUCCCACGGGGUCCCUGAGCUCACUGGAUUCAUGUACUUUUGAGCCUGACGUUGAGAAACCAGUUAGCAGCCCUAAACCCUACACAGUCAGACUCACACCGUGGUAUGGAGGAGGAGAGGAGGAGACCACUUUCUGAAGGACACCUCUAAUCCUAUGAACGGCCGUGGUCUUUGCAAGAUAGCCCACUUCUGUUCCUUUGCUGGUGAAGUAUCAAUAAUGGCCGAGAGAUGCAAAGCAAACACAUGCAUUUGUGAAAUCCACAGCUCUUAAUGGGAAAAUCCAUCCUUAAAAUUUUAAAGUCACAAUGAAAUGGCAUUUUGAGAGCCUCUUGCCUCCAUAAUUUGAUGCAUUUCCUGUUGAAACAGGAUGUUGGGGUGAGACUUCACACAGACAGUCAUCCUUCAAAAGUGCAAAACAAUUGGUGAUCACCUAGGAAGAGAGUUUUAAAAUGAGUUGCUUUUAUGGUAGAAUAUUUUGUUCACCCCUGCUAGUUAAGCAUGAUAUCACCAGUGCAGAUAUACUGUUUUCCAGGAGUUGGGCGUAAAUCAAUUAUUGUCAGUUAUUGUUAAAUAGGCAAAUAUUAUAACAUGGAAAAUUAGCUAACAAGUUGGAAAAAGUCUUGCCAUUUCAUUGUGACUUUAACAUGAUUCAAAAAUAGGUUAUGCAGUUUUGUUUGUUUGUUUGUUUGUUUUUGAGUGUAUUUUCUUACUCCCAUGGUCGACUUCAACAAGAAAUGCCCUAAAACUUGAAUUAAACGUAAGCUCCCAAUUAUUCCAAUGGAAAUAUUGGCUGGGUAUGGGUUCAUGUUUGGAUAAAUAAAUGGUAGUUUGUAAUAGAAGGUGGAUUACAUCAGAUAUUCAAAUCAUGCACAAUGCCACAGUUACGCGCCUGCAGAGUCUGGGCCUGAUAUUUGUAAUAACUUGAGAUAAAUAGCCUACAGAGGAGAAAAAGAGAAAGUUAGACUCGGGAGGCCUAUCUUUUGAUUAUUUUUUCUCGUUUAUGCUGAGCAAUAGGCCUAAUUUUGUGCAGAAGGAAAGAAACGUAGGUCUUGAAUAGACGCAGGUCCCAAAUAGAGGCCACUUGCAUUUGAUGUUUAAUACAAAUAAAAGCCAGGCUAAUAACUGAAGUUGUACGGUGUAUUAAAAUCAGGUUUUGGUGUGAGCCUCUCAAAAUCAAACACCAACUGCUUCUUUUUAGGCUUACUAUUUUUGCACUGAGCUACAUCAAUAAUACAAGGACAAAUCUUUUGAAAAAGAGGCUGAGAAACCAAUUUUUUUCAAUUACAGUGGUCUCAGUGGACCAGAAUGCAAUGCAGCCACAAGACGUGUUGCAUUGUAAAGGCCACAACUUUCAAUUUUUCUCGACUGGAAAAAAUUGCUCUCUUGCUCUCACUCUGUUAGCACUAGUGCUCUCUUGAACCACACGUACAAACCACAGCUGAAUGCAACAAGUUGCCACCUGUCCUCUGGGGGCUGUUGAAAGCCAUUUUGGAAAUGAUAGAAAUCAUGAACUCAAUAAGAAGUAGACGGGACAGGUUGAGGAAUAGUGAAUGUGCCAAAAAAAAAAAAAAAAAAAAAAAA